GUGAGGUUCUGAAAGAUGCAGAAGAAACGGAGCCGGGCCGGGGCAGCUGAGCAGGAGGCUGCAAGUGAUGAUGGAGAGAUGUCUGACAGCUCUGACAAGAUGGAGGUGUCCCAAAACAAAGGCAAAUCUGGUAUCAAGAGGGCCCCUGAAGCCGACGAUGUGCUGAGACCUGUAAAACUGAGCAAAUCAGACUUGUACAAACCUCCGACCAACGACGAGCUAAACCGACUGAAAGAAACGGAGAAUCUCUUCCAUACCAACCUGUUGCGCAUGCAGAUAGAGGAGCUCUUGCAAGAAGUCAAGCUGAAAGAGAAGAGAAGAAAGACAAUUGAUGGAUUCCUGCAUGAAAUCAAUGCUCUGCUUGGAACGAUCCCUGAGACGCCCAAGACAGAUCUGACAGAUCAGUCGUGGCUUUCCAGCUCCAUCAAGGUUCCUUUUCUGCAAGUCCCGUACCAAGUGAAGGGCAAAUUCAGCUUCCUGCCUCCUUCCUCUAUCAAGGUGGUGGGCAGUUAUCUGCUAGGAACCUGCAUCAAACCAGAGAUCAACGUGGAUCUUGCAGUCACUAUGCCUCAGGAAAUACUCCAGGUCAAGGACAAUCUGAACCAGCGCUACUCAAGGAAAAGGGCUCUGUACCUCGCCCACAUCGCCAGUCACCUCACUGAUAACAAGCUUUUCAGCAGCGUCAAGUUCACCUACAUGAACAGUAACCAUCUCAAGCCGAUCCUCCUGCUGCGGCCCCAGGGGAAAGAUGAAAAGCUUGUGACCGUUCGGAUCCAUGUCUGUCCCCCUCCGGGGUUCUUCAAGCUUAGCCGUCUGUACCCCAAUAAGAAUAAUGUCCGGACCUCAUGGUACACGGAGCAACAAACAGAAACAGAAGGCGUUUGUGAUCCCCCAACACCUUACUAUAACAACACUAUCUUGUCUGACCUGACCCUGGAGCACCAUCUCCAUCAUCUGACCAAUUGUGCCACUGACUUCCCUGGCAUGAAGGAUGCUAUUGCUCUCCUUAAAGUUUGGCUACAUCAGCGCCAGCUUGACAAGGGAUUUGGGUGUUUUAACGGAUUUCUGGCCUCCAUGUUGAUUUCAUAUCUUCUGUCAAAAAACAAGAUUAAUAAGGUGAUGAGCGGCUACCAGGUGCUGCGGAACACACUCCAGUUUUUGGCAACCACAGACCUGACUGUUAAUGGGAUAACAAUGGCAACAUGCUCAGACUCUUCCCUGCCUUCUCUCCCUGAUUUCCAUGAGGCCUUCCAGGUCGUGUUUGUUGAUCCAAUGGGAGUGGUGAAUCUCUGUGCCGAUAUGACCGCCAGCAAGUACCGACAGAUUCAGUUUGAAGCCAGCGAGUCUCUGAAGGUUCUAGAUGACACAAAUGUAAAUGGAUUCCAUCUUCUCCUCAUGGUCCCAAAGCCCUUCGUUCGGACAUUCGACCAUGUCUUCCACCUCACAAAUGUGGCCAAGCUCCAGGGAACGUGCAAGAAAAUGAAACUUCUGAAUCAGCUGAUAGAUCGGGGUGGAGAUUACUUGGCCACGGCGCUGCCAUAUCUCUUGUCUGUGCUCUCCAAAGGCCUGGGGCCCAGAGUCUCUCUCCUGUCUCACACACUCACCCACAAGCCAGAGUGGAAUGUUGGGGAAGAACCAGCAAAGCACAAAGACAGUGGCCUUGUGACUGUGGGACUCCUGCUGGACCCUGAGCUUUAUACCAAUGUGUUGGAUAAGGGCCCGGCUGCUGACAGCUCCGAGGCCUUGGACUUCCGGGCUUUUUGGGGAGAGAAAUCCGAACUGCGUCGGUUCCAGGAUGGCUCUAUCUGUGAGGCGGUGGUUUGGACGGGCGGCUCUCUCUAUGACAAACGGAAGGUCCCAGAGCUCAUUGUCAAGUACCUGUUGGAACUACAUGCCAACAUUCCCGAAUCCUGUAUCAACUACACGGGGAAUGCGCUGGAUUGUGUCCUCUCCAGAGGGAGGGAGACUAGUACAGAGGAGGAGAAGAUGGUCAGUAUUAUCCAGUCCUACGAUGACCUGAGCAGGAAGCUUUGGAAUCUGAACGAUCUCCCCCUGACCAUCACCUCAGUCCAAGGGACCCACCCGUGUCUGCGCUACACAGAUGUGUUCCCUCCUCUGCCAGUGAAACCUGAUUGGUCGUCCUACCACUUACUAAGGGAAAAGAAGUGCCUCAUCCCCAACCCAGAGAAGCCCUGCCCGGCCUAUGUGUCUCCAGUGAAAGUUAUUUGUCACAUGGAAGGGAGUGGGAAGUGGCCCCAGGAUAAAGACGCCAUUAAGAGACUAAAAGCUGCUUUCCAGAUCCGACUGUCAGAACUCCUGAGCUCUCAGCACCAGUUACUGUGCAACCCAAGUGCCACCCACACAGACGUCUAUAAGGAUGGCUACGUGUUCCGUGUGCAAGUGGCCUAUCACCGGGAGCCGCAGUACAUGAAGGAGUUUGUCACCCCGGAGGGAAUGCUGAAAUAUCAGGACACUGAGGAGUCGAUGCAGUUGGAAAUGGAGACCAAUCACCUGCCGCAUUUGAGCAGCACCUUGCAUGGACUCCACCAACAGCACCCUGCUUUCGGGGGGACGUCUCGGUUGGCCAAACGCUGGAUCCAAAGCCAACUUCUGGGGGACAGUUUCUCAGAGGAGUGUUUGGACCUCCUGGUGGCACAUCUGUUCCUACACCCAGCACCCUACUCUCCCCCCAGCUCUGCCCUGGUGGGCUUCCUGAGGUUCCUGCACCUUGUGGCCACCUUCGACUGGAAGAACAGCCCCCUGAUCGUAAAUCUGAACGGAGAGCUGAAGGGAUCGGAAUACACAGAGAUCCAGAAUGACUUUAUAUCGGCCCGCGCUCAGCUCCCCGUCAUGUUCAUAGCAACCCCAAAGGACAAGAAAGAUUCUGUCUGGACCAAGAACCAACCAACUGCUCAGAUGCUGCAGCGCCUCAUUGUGCUGUGUCUGGAGUCAUUACGUGCUCUGGAGCAGCAGCUCAUGGAUCCCAGAGGAAAUCACGACUAUAAGAUGAUCUUCCGACCCCCCCUGGAUUUGUACGAUGUUCUGAUCCGCCUGAACCCCAAGCAAAUCUCGCGCCACCGAGAGGCCGUGGAUCAACCAGCAAAGUCGUUUUUCCGUGGGAUGUUAAAGGAGGGGGCGCAGGUGAAAGACCUGAUGUUUCCUGUUGUGGGUUAUGAUCCUAUUCAGCUGUUCCUCCAGGAGCUCAGAGAAGCGUAUGGAGAGUUCGCUCUGUUCUUCCAUGACCUGCACGGAGGUGACGUGAUCGGGGUGCUCUGGAAACCUUCAAGCUUUGAGCCUCAGCCAUUUAAAACGACCAAUGUGAAAGGCAGACAGAUGGACGGCAAGAGUGACAAAGCCCUGCUGGUGCCCAAUGCCGAGGCCUUUGUAGAAGACUUGGAGAUUUUGGGAGAGGGUCUGGUGUCAGGAGUGGAGGCACAGACAGAGAGGUGGAACAUUUGAUGGACAUUCCCAAUCUAAGGACAAUAGUUACUGUACAACGUUUCUCCUCUUUGUUACACUUAAAGAAAAUUCUCUCUCCCCAAAGAUAUUUCUGCUCCAUUUACUCUGAAAUAAAUGUGUAGACGUUCCACCAUU